AUCUGUCUAUAAAUAAACUCAUUAUAAAUAAUGGCAUCUAAAAAUGUCUGAUGACAGUGUUGGUAAAAACGUGUAUGUAGCAAGAAAACACAAAUAAACUACAUUUAGUAUAUUUAAGAAAAUAACCACAAUUUAAUCUUGAAUUUCCCAGAUGAUCACUGGAAAACUGUCAGAGCCACAGUAAGCCCCAGCUUUAGCACGACCAAACUUCGCAAGAUGUACCCACACAUUGUACGCAAUACCCAACUCUUGCUGGAGCAUCUUAAGGAGAAGCAUGAAAGAAAUGAACCAGUGGAACUGAGAGAUCUGUUGUCAGCUUAUACAAUGGAUAUGAUUGCCAGUACAGGUUUUGGUGUCGAGAUUAACUCACUCAAGGAAGGAGAGGAUGAAUUUACCAAGGCUGGAAAAGGUAUUAAGGAGGGCAAAGGGCGUUUCUUUUUUUUGGCCAUGUUUCUAAACUUCUUGAGACCAGUUUUUAAAUUCCUAGGUAUAACUUUGAUGCCAAAAGAUGCCACAGAAUUCUUUACUCGUUUUAUUGACAAGGCUUUGGAGAGCAGGAAACAUGAAAAAGAUGGAGCUUCUGGACGUAGCGACUUCAUACAAAUAAUGUUGGAUGCAGAGCACGAAGACCAUACUGAACAUGGAAAUCGGGCCGUAAAUGAGGAACAGGAAAAUGGGCACAAGACAGAAACAAAAAAAGUUUUGAGCUAUUCAGAUAUUCAGGGCCAGGCCUUUAUCUUCCUCCUAGCUGGUUAUGAUACCGUUGCUACUGUGCUGUCCUUCACCAUGUUCCUGAUCUGCAUGAACCCUGACUGUCUAAAAAAAGCACAGAAGGAAGUGGACAAAGUGCUUGAAGGGAAAUUUCCAGAUUAUGACUCUGUCCAAUCUCUGCCCUACAUCGAAAUGUGCAUGAAUGAAGCUAUGAGAAUGUACCCACCAGGAUACAUUUUGGAUAGGAUCUGCGAUAAGGACAUUGAAAUUCAAGGAAUAAAGAUUCCAGCGGGAAUGAAUGUCUCGGUCCCUGUGUGUGCUAUUCAUCAUGACGCUGACCUGUGGCCGGAGCCUGAGAAGUUUGACCCCGAACGAUUCACUCCAGAGAACAAAGCUGGACGUCAUCCAUACGCCUUCUUGCCCUUUGGACAGGGUCCGCGGAACUGCAUUGGAAUGCGACUCGCUUUGUUGGAAGUAAAGGUUGCCUUGGCUGCCAUGUUGCAGACUUUAACUCCUGUACCUUGUGAGAAAACAGUUUAUCCCUUUACCAAGGACAGGUUUCAGAUCAAAGCUGUUGAAGGCCUAUGGAUCAAGUUCGAAUCCCGAAAAUAAUUGGUUGGGCUGGUA